CACGUUUUAAACAGAAAGUGCCACGUCCCUGCAACGCGGCAUUCUGCAUGCGAACCCAUAGCCAUCUCUACUUCCCAUAUAAAGAUAAAGAGCACAGCAUUACAUCUCUCAUCUCCUACACACACCAAUAAUUUGUGAUCUGAAAAAUAUGGAAGGAAUUAACGUAUCGACCCAUCCUGAGAUCCCUGGGGAACCCACUAAGACCUCCACCGCCCUUCUCGAGAAAGGCACCGCCGCCAUUCAGAGCUUUGGACCCGUCAACAAGAUUCACCAGCAUCUCUGCGCAUUCCAUUUCUACGGGCACGACAUGACUCGACAAGUGGAGGCCCACCACUACUGCGCGCACCAGAACGAGGAGUUCCGUCAGUGCCUAAUCUACGACCGUCCGGAGUCCGACGGGCGCUUGAUCGGUCUCGAGUACAUAGUGUCGGAGGCCCUCUUCCUGACCCUGCCCGACCAGGAGAAGAGGCUUUGGCACUCCCACGAGUUCGAGGUCAAGAGCGGAGUCCUCUUCAUGCCGGGCGUCCCAGGCCCCAUACAGCGCCAGGACCUCGAGAAAGCGGCCAAGACCUACGGCAAAGUCAUACACUUCUGGCAGGUGGACAGAGGGGACGCCCUGCCACUUGGCAUUCCUCAGAUCAUGAUGGCCAUCACUAGGGACGGCCAGCUCUAUGAAAACCUGGCUGAAGAUGUGGAGAGGCGUUACAAUGUGAAGUUUGGGGAGGAGAGAGAGAAGAGGGUGAACAUGGAAGGGCCGAGCCAAGGAAUACAUCCGAUGGCGAAUGGGGGAGGACAAGGCGUGCAGACAGUGGUGAGGGAGGUGGACUGCAAGCCUGCAGCAGUUGCUUCUGAUGCAAGUCAUGGGGCAGCUAGGGUCUUUGUUUAGGACUUCCAGUCCUGGUUGGGAUCACUAGAAACUUUUUUUUGUGUUUAUAUUUAUAUAUAUCUAUGGGUGGUCUUGUGUUGCAUGCGUUCAACAAGCUUUUGUAUGUAUGAUAUAUAUGUAUAUAUGAAGUUUUCUUUUUGAAUAAA